AGGUCCACAUGUCUAUAUUACUGUGAAUGAAGUUGAUGAGAUGGUCUACCAUUGUGACACAUGCACACAAAUUUUCUCAAAAAAGUUUCAUUUUUCAAAACACAUGAAAAGUCACCAUGGUGAUAAACCUUACCGUUGCAACCAAUGUGGACAAAGGUUUAAGUUAUUACCACAUUGGAGCAAUCAUAUGAUGCAUCAUAAAGGAGAAAAACACUUUGAGUAUAAAAAAUGUGGCAAAAAAUUUGGCGAUGCUAGCUCAUUUUGUCAUCAUGAGAGAAGACAUUCAGUUAACAUGGAGCGUAUAUGCCAAAUAUGCGGCAAAAAAUUCAAAACUUUACACAAUUUAAGGAUGCAUGAGAGUAGCCACAGUGAUAUUAAACCACACAAAUGUUCCAUAUGUGGAAAAGAAUACCAGCAUAAGUCAAUGAUAACUCGACAUAUGUGGCUCGUUCAUAAUCAAUCUUAUAUAUGCCAGUCGUGUGGGGCGACCUUUUCCCGGAAAGAUAAUCUUAAAGCUCAUGAGAGAAUCCAUACUGGCGAGAAGCCAUAUAGAUGUAACUUUUGUGGAAAGGGAUUUGCACAGUUGGCAUCUCUGCAAUAUCACAAUAGGAAUACCGUGCAUCACAUACCUGAGGGAAAUAAACAUACUUGUUAGAAUGUGCAUUAGAUACUCCACAGAACUGUGGUACAUGACAAACAAAACAAGGAUACAAUAGUGUUACUAAUGGUACUAGUCUUACCCAACAAUGCAAAUUGGUAUUAGAUAAUAUUUUCAGAAGUAUUUCAGAAGUACAGUGUAUGAUCAGGUCAUAUUCUUCACUUAUUUAAAAACCCAUG